UUGGAUCUCCCUUCGGCCGACUCAGAUCUAUUUUGCCUUCUCCUUUCCUCUCUCUCUCUCUCUCUCUCUCUCUCUCUCUCUCUCUCUCUACCCCCGUUGGCUUUGACUUGAUGGCUGCCAGGAAGAAGAUCGUGGUGAAGGUUGAGGUAGACGACAGCCAGAGCAGGAAGGCGAUCAAAGCACUCUCUACUCUCCGUGGUAUCGAGGUGAUUUCUGUGAACACGAAGCAUGGGAAGAUCACGGUCGUCGGCGUGGUUAACCCCGUCGAUGUCCUGGGCAGGCUGCGGAAGAAGUUGUUUCCGAACGCUGAGAUCGUCGCCGUCGAGCCCGUCAUGGAGACGAACGAAAUUACAUACGAGUUCUUGAACCAUAUCACAAACAAUUUCUCCGAGGAGCGCAUAAUUGGUCGUGGUGGCCAUGGAGUAGUUUUCAAGGUACUGUACGAUUACUACUAGCAUAUUUUGCUUUCUAUUCCCUUUGUCCCAUAAUAUAAAAACAUUUUUGACAUUACACUAAUGUCAAAAACGUUCUUACUCAAGUAUAUUAUGAAACACAAAAACAUAAAAACAGAGCAUUGUUUCUCAGACGCGACUAGUCGGCGCCCGAGCGCCCGGUCGGGGGAGCGAGCGUUCUCUCAUAAUAGGAAAGAGCACCCACGCGUCCCACAGGAACACCUAGAAAAGGAAAACGACUUGUCCCAUGUGCUCACGUUAUAUAUCCCACCUGCAUUUAUUCUGGGAUCAAAAACUUUAAAAAGUUUUUACCGUUGGGUUUCUCGCGACGAGUUCUUCAAAACUAGAUCCCAUAUGAGCAGGUUUCGACAAACUUUUUUUCCGAGCAACUUUGUGUGCUAUUGAGGCAACUUUAGUGUUACAGGAAAGCAACUCAUUUUUUCGGUAGUAUGACUACCUAUGAGCGGAUGAUCUUUGUAAGUUGGUACCAUGACUACCAAUUGACUAGCUACACCUCUAAGUCGCUUAUCAUAAGGACAACUCCAACGCGGAUCACCAAAUCACCCCAAAUGUCGGGAUCGGCCUCUCUAGACACUUUUAACCAAUGACGGUCAUCUAAUUUGUCCAAACAAGUAUGUAUGUCCGAAAUUCUCCAAACGACGAGGGGGCGUUCUCAGAGCCCCUCAGCGUCCAUUGCUCCCUCCGAAUCAAGUCAGAUCACGUCUCCUCAGAUGAAAAGAGGAGCAAAAUCCGCCCCUCCUAAUUAAGGUCCCCGCAAUGGACAAAGAGUCCACACUACAAAUGGAGAUGCUAAUCUAGCCGUCAACCUAUGACCGUUGUCUGAUGAUGCCCUCUCCGCUGCUCCUGAGCAAACACGAUGUUCACAACUAGAUGACGCGCCAAGGGGGAGACAUUGUCCCCACUGAGCCAACCAUUUCCGUUGCAAUAAGGAGGUGACAACAACAACUUCCUAUAUUGAUAAACACAGACACAUGUAGAAAAGACUAUGUUCACCCAACAGAGCCUAUUGGGGGUAGAAAAGAAAAACAACUACGUGACAUAUAUGCACUUGAGUUGUACUUAAAAAAGCCAAUAACAUUUGGGGUGUUUUGGUGCAACUACAAUGUAUUUAUCAGACAACUCGUAUGUAGCCCCAGUCUGACCUGGUAUAUAGAUAAAGCGACUAGAUGUAGAAAAGACUAAGCUCACCUGGCAACUCGUGUGUAGUCCAUGCAUGAAGAACUCCACAGUUUUCCUUGGGCACAUAGGCAGUAGCAGAUGAGAAAACACACACACAUGUGCGCGCGUGCACACACACACACACGUAGUCAUGUGCCUCAUAUCUCCAGCUAGUAAACCUGACCAGUUUUCUUUUCAUGAGGAUUGGGCAACUGGAUACAUGGUUUUAGGCAAAUUGUAUGGUUAAUUGUGGGCAACUAGAUAGUUAGUUUUAGGCAACUGUGUAGGUGAUUGCGGGCAACCAUGGCGCCUGAAAAAGGGAUAAACAACAUACACAUGUUCAUUUUUGUAGAUUUCACAGAUAAAUUUAAUCCACUAAAAACACUUCACGGUUUUAGUUACGUCCCCAUGACCAGCUCCAUACCGCUCCCCCUCUAUGAUUAUUUGCCAAGUAUUUACGAUCAUAUCAAGGGAUCCCAUCCCGAGGAGAUAAGUUCUUGACACAUCUCCACAACACAAAAUCGAAAGGUAUCUAAAACCUUUACAUAUAAGCCAAAUUAUGGUCUUCGUAAUGUUUCUGUUCAUAAGGAUUGAGCAACUGGAUACAUGGUUUUAGACAACUGUAUGGAUGAUUGUGGGCAACUGGAUACAUGGUUUCUAUUCAUGAGGAUUGGGCAACUUUUUUUCAAGGCAACUUUGGGUACGAUAGAGGCAACUUUAGUGCUAUAGGAAAGCAACUUCAUUUUUAGCCUAGUAGGACUAUCUAUUAGGUUGGUUUGUGUAAAAAUUAGAAAAUCACACAAAAAUAUGAGGCACCUUUAGUGCUACAUAUAAGUAACUUCAUUGCACUAUGUGUAUCAAUGAAUUUUGCUAAAAUUAUCACAACUGGCCUACCAUGGUUGCUCAGUUGCCUACCAUGGAUAUUCAGUUGCCUAUCAGUGAUGCCCAGUUGCCUACAAUACUAUGAAAUUGACCAACCAUUGAUGUCCAGUUACCUGCUAUUGAUAAUUAGUUACGUAUCAUUACUGCUUAGUUGUCUAACUUUGCAAAUUAGUUGCCUACAAUUGUGAAGCUGCUUAUCAUUGUGUUUUUCCUAAGUUAUCUAAAACACUAUGAAGUUACCUAUCGACGAUGCUCGGAUGACUGGCAUUUUAAGAUCGUUAUGCAACCCGAAUAUCAGACAAAAAAAGUUAGCAACUUUUGGGGUGUUUUUGUGCAACUCCAGUGCAUUCAACAAGCAACUCAUGUGUAUUUUCCAUCAUUAUAUCUGGAGAUUUCAAUAAUUUUCAUGGGCGACUCAUGCAAAAAUUAUGAACAACUUGUGUAGGCUUGUGGGAAACUGUCUGAUCCGCCCCUAUGAAACUUCUCAUCACUCGCUAUGCAACUUAUCAUAUGUCACUACUUAUGCAACCAACCAACAUCCACGACUUGGCUAGCCAACACCCACACGCACUCCCCAAGAAAAGGAAAGAAUAAGGCUAUCACACCAUCCAUCUCCACAUAGUUUUGAAAUUUGGAAUCAUGAUAGACAACUUAUAACCCACAAAAACUUUUCAACAUUGUAGGAAACUUCGGUCCCUUGAUGGACAACUUUCAUACUAUUUAGGCAAUUGGGGUGUGUAGGCAACUUCAUAGCAAUAUAGGCAACUUGGUUUCUGAGGCAGGCAGCUUAGAAGCCAUGUUAGGAAAUUUUCCACUCUGCGGUAAGCAACUUUCACAGUAUCGUAGGCAACUAAACUAUCGACAACUUAGUUCUUGAUGUAUGCAACUUAGCAACCAUGGUAACCAUCUAUUAGACUAUUGCACACAACUAUUAGUAUGCUAGUAGGUGAAUCACUAAUACACACAAUGCACUUCAUCUAGCAUCAAAGUUGCUCCAAUUUAGCACUUAAGUUGUCUCAUCUAGCAUCAACGUUGCUUUAAAAAGAAUCAAACCAUAUUCAUAUGGGAUCUAGUUUUGAAGAGUUCAUCACGAGAAACCCAACGAUGAAAACAGAUCAUAAUUCCAACACGCAGUUUGAAAGUUAUAUCCUUUUAGAAUUUUCUUGUAAUGAAAUUAAUGCAUCUUAUGUCAUUGUUGGGUUCAUAUAGUUGGUCGGACGAGUUCGUGAAAGAUCAACGUACUAUAGUGGAUGAAUCCUUCCAUAUAUGGGCAACUUAGGAUGAUGUUAAGCUACUCGUUAGUCAUGGCACACAACUUAGGAUAUUGGUAGCCUACCUCAGAAACUAAGUUGCGUAUAAUACUAUCAACUUGGAGGCGAAACUAGUUAUGGUAGAAUACUUGCUAGUUAUGGUAGAAAACUUAGAUGUGAAUCUAAUUAACCUGGUAGUAUGGUAAUCAACUUUGAAGGAAUUUUCGAUGAUAGGCAUUCAUACUACACAGACUAAUUAGAAGUUGCUUUCCUAUAACACUAAAGUUGCUUCUGUAGUAUCCAAAGUUGCUAAAAACGUUAGUCAAAACAUACUCAUAUGAGAUCUAGUUUUAAAGGGCUCGUCGCCAGGAACCUAGCGGUGAAAGCGGAUCUUAACUUUUAUACUCGGUUCAAAAGUUAUAGCUUUUUAAAAAUUUGAAACACGCACUAAAUGCAUGCACGUGAUAUCUUGCUGAGAAACUCAAGGGAUGGGAUGGUACACGGAUACGUCGGGGACCAUGUGCUUUUCAUGCGUGUUAAUCCUCUUUGUGGACUCUAUGAUUGGGUUGACUUAAUUGCACUUUGUAUUAACCACAUGUCGGGAAGGAAAUUGACGGACAUGAGCAUGCGCUCAAGACGACGACCCAACACAGCUGCACGUUUAAAAAUUCGGGUUGUUUCUCAUCUUUGGCAAUAUUCGUCUUUAAACAUAUAUACCUCUUCCUGCCAGAAGACUACAGAAACUGGAGCCAAAACACAACCCUCAGCUGCUAUCCUUAGCACCAUGGGAGCCUAUCGUAUUUAGCAAAAAUUGCAGCAACAGUUCUGGCCAAAUGGCCGGUAUUUAGCGAAAAUUGGGGAAAACACUAAAUGAGGUAAAAUGUGGCAAAAACUGGAAUUUACUAUAUAUUGUAACUCAAACUUUCUUUAGAUGGCUGUAACUCAGCUUGAUACGAAACAUGGAAGGAUCAUCAUUGAGUUCAGCUAGGAUCCUAGUCAAGUCAUUCUCUCUAAACUUGCCAUAUCUACACCAGAGAUCCAACUUCCACAUAACCAUCUUCGGGAUGGAGGUUCUGAGGCACCCCAUAUAGUCUGGCCCAUAUAGAGAAAAGUUUAUAAAAGGUUGCAAACUGGUGAUCACUUAUGAGACGCCGGAGCAACUAGUUAAGGAGCACCUCCUUCGCGAGCCUCGCAACGAUCAGCGGCACUUGGCGCGCUCUCAGCUAUUCGCCACGUGUCACGCUUUGGACGCUUCCUCCGGAUUUUGUUUUUUUUAUUUUCCGCGUGCAUUUUCGGCUUUUUAAACGUUCUUUUUUCAGGGGUUUUUCGAUAUUUUUGUUUCCCCCUGUCUUCCUUAGCUUUUCGAUAAAAAAAUCGGAAAAAAAUGUUUGCGCGAAAAAAACACAUUUCUUUCUUUUUCCCGCGGAAGUUACGGUUUUUUUCUGCGAGAGGCACGGUUAUGCUUUACCGAGAGUCACGGCCGUGCCUUUCGGAAACAAACAAAAAUGCAUUUUCUGUUUUUUUUCUUUCGCGAGAGUCACGGU